GUUGAAGCCAGUUUGCUGUGACAGCGUUUGGGCUAUUUACAUGUUUCAUUUUCACUUUAAUCUAAACGCAGUGGAGAUUGUUAUAUCUUGGACUCGUUGGAGGAGAAACAUUUACACUGUAACGUAUUACUCGUUCGAAUCUGCUCUGUGUUAAUAACGGGAAGUUUCUUGUAGCCAGGAGUUCAGGCUUGAAGCUAACGGCUAACAGCUAGCUUAGACGUUCACCGGUACAGGCGGACCUCUUUGUCUGACAGGGAAAGGCGUGCUCUUUUGUUAGCUUUUCCCUUUUGGUCCGCUCAGGAAAGAGUAACUGUCGGGCCAGGAUUUCACAGUCACCCUUAUUCUGGGAUUUUUUUUUUUUUUUUUUUUUUUUUUAGAAAAUGCAGCUCGCGAAAAAAGACUUUACAGAAAGCCUGAUUCAGUUGACUAUCUUGCUCAGUUUGGUGGGAGUUCGAGUAGACAUAGAUAGCUACCUAACCGGCGUCUAUCCACCCCUAGCUGAGAUUAACUUGGGUCCUAGCUCAGCUUACACUCAAACACCUUUCCACAUUUUAAGAGACACGCUCGACGGAUACGGGGUGCAUCCGAAAUGCCCCGAGCUGGACUCCUUCUUCGCCAGUCGUCGCCUGCUGGAUGAGGUGAGGACACUUGGGUCACCUCGGUUUCCCACGCAGCUGAGCGCGUGGCUGGUGCACCAAGUGUCGUCAACGGGGCCUUCUACCAGCAACAGCCCUGACACCAACCCUGGGUUGGAAAACACCGAGAAUGAAGCCGGAGGGACCAAUGAUCCCCUGUCUGUCAGGGGCCAAACUAACACUGAGCUGGUGCAGGGGCCCUGUGUUGCAGGAGCCUUUCCAAGUGAGGAUGAAGUUAAAGUUAAAGAAGAGGAGGAGGCGGUUCCUCUCACCCAGCUGGCUCACAGCUCAACACUAGAACAGGAGAAUCUGCUUGAAGGCAUCCCCUCACUGUCUGAGCCGGCGCUUCAUGAUGUUCCUCCUGCAACUGAUAUCGACUGGAAUAAUUUGCUCUCUGUUACUGAUCUAAAUGAUUUCGACACUCUUAUUGCUGAACGUCUGUCAGAGCUCGACUCAGACAUCAACAGUGCUAUCAGCCAGGAUGUCAGUUUGCAUGACGCCAUGGUAACCAACUCUGGGUCUUUCGGUCCGGCACCUGCUGCAGCGGAGUCCAGGACAGCCAAUCAGCAGCAAAGAUCCCUGCUACAGCUGGAGUCCACAAACUCCUCGCUCUCAGACUCUUUGCCAGGGAUGGCUGUUGGCCUCGCCGCUCUCCCCUUUGCCUCAGUGUGUAAUUUAACUGGAAAUAUGACAUCACAGAGCGCACUGGGUGACUGUCUUGAUGAGGCAGUGUUUGACCAAAUCAAUCAGCUGGGUUUGGAGAGCUUGGGCACCAUUGACAAUCACCUGAACUUCCUUGAGUGUUUGGACUCUCAAGCCUUUGAGGACUUGGACUCCGAUUCAGGACUCUCGCUGGAGAGCAGCUAUGGAUGUCCAGCAUCUCCAGGUUCAUCUGAGAUGUCAUCAUCCAGCUCCUAUUAUGAAGAAGAAGGCGGAGCCACAGGCUACAGCAGCGAGUUAGACUCCAAACCUCCUAAAGGCAUAAUGGACCACAGCACAUUGUGGCCAUCUGUGGAUCCUGGUGAAAGUGUGUGGCACAAUCACAGUUACUCGUCUUCUCCUCUCCUCACCAAGCCAUCUCUAAGGCUGCCCUGUAAGACUGAGGAGCCGGAGGAGGACAGCGGACUUCAGCUGGAUGAACGGGAGCUGAGCCGUGACGAGCUGCGCGCCCGUGCCAUGUGCAUCCCCUUUUCUGUUCUUCAGAUCGUCAACAUGCCCGUGGAAGAGUUUAUGGAGGUUCUGGACAGCCACAGCUUCACCCCGGAACAAGUGACCCUCCUGAGGGACAUUCGCAGGCGUGGCAAGAACAAAUUGGCAGCGCAAAACUGCCGCAAGCGCAAGCUGGAUGCCAUCACAGGCCUCCAAGAGGAGGUGGACAGGCUGCAAGCCCAGAGGGAUAGACUGCUGAGGGAGAAGCGGCUUACAGCCAAGACAAUGGGCGCUGUGGCCCACCAGUUUAAACAGCUGAGCCGGGACAUACUGUCUCGGCUGAGGGAUGCUUCGGGACGGCCCCUGAACCCUGAGAGGUUCACCCUGCAGUGCGGGGCUAACGGGAGGGUUGUAGUUCAGCCCAUCAGACAACCUGCCGUCACCACAUCAUCUGGCAAGAAGACAGACAAGAGAAAGAAGGAAAAGAAGCAGUGAUGCUCACAAAGACUUGAAUUUUAAGCUUUCUUUGGGAUAUUGCUGAACUUUACUCACCCCAGGUUUGGGGUUUUACUUUUCUAAACAUUGCAUUGGGAGCCGAGUUUUCCAAAAGCUGCAAAAAACAAAAGACUCGGAGGAUAAGUUAAUUAAAAAGAUAUCUGUACAUAUGGAAAAAAGUAGCUUACACACUGGACUUUUUGCUUAUUGAUGAUGGGCAAAGCAUACAGGGUUUAAGGGAACAGCUUAGCUGCUGGAAAAAGUAUCAAUCUCUCUUUGUGCCUGUUAAGAUAUGAAGUAGAACAUUUAUUGCUAAAUAAGAUUUUAGAGCAGUUACUGGUAUUUUGCCCUGUAUUAUGUCUAUUAGAGGUAGGAGGGUGAAGAUUGUAUUUAUAAAUCGCUUAAGGCUCUUGAACUUCAGGUUCUGAUAUGCACCAUGAUACUUUUUUUAUAACUUAAAAUUUAACUGAUAAGAAAGUGAAAGCUUCACCAAAUGUUUACAGUCAAUAGAUCAGACGGCAGGUAAGGUUAACCUUUGAUCUGAAAUUGAAAAAUAAAUAAAACUUUAUUUACCUUUUUUGCAUCUUCAUGCAGAAAAUGACAGAUCCAAAGCAGACCAAUGAUCAAAGAGGCCUUAUUUACAUUUAGGGAAGGAUGAUUUAGGUUCUUUUGGGAGAAAAUGAUCCUCAGAGUCUUAAAGGUUACUGGAAGAAAUUGAGAAUCUUCAUCUAUUGGACAUGACCACAGUUAGAAUUACCCUCUUACUUGGAUUAGUUGUUAGUUUUAGAAUAAAUAUAUUCUACCUCAUGCUUCAGUUCAAUUUAAUGGUCUGGAGUUUCCUACAUAAUUCAUAUCAAUGUUGCUUUUAGAUCAAAGGAAAUCAAAAAAUUGAAUCAACUUUUGUUUGGAUGUUAGGAAAUAUUCUUAAUAUACAGAAAUAGUAAAUAUAAGGGCAUGCAUCUAUCAAAGUAUAGCGGUAUACCUUUCGGUUUUUUACUAACUUGGACCUGCUUAUACAGAAUGUUGCUGAUUUUAAGUUCUUUAAGACCUGUAAGACUGGGCAAUGCGAGAACACUAUUCACUGCAACCCCUACCCCUGAAUAAUUGGCAAUCUAUUAUAUCGCAAGCAGACACAACAUUACAGUUUGUCCUCAGCUUGGCUUUAAGAAGAAAAAACGUUUCGAGUUCAAUGACAAAUGUGUUAAAGUAUGGGACACAUCAAUGUUGCUGUUCUGUUUAACCUUCGUGUUCAUUCUGGAAGUCCCUGGCUGCUUCCAAAAUGGUCUAAAUAUCUCCUCUAGAUCCAGAUCCUUCACCUUUAUCCACAGUAGAAACUUUAUUGUGGUAAGAAAAGGUAGUCUGGACUGCUGUGCCACUUCCAGACAGCCUUUAACUCGUACGUCAUUAUAGAUGCUUGUCAAAUUGGGACUACAGCCUUCUAAUACAGAAAAACACAAACUACAGAAAUGUAGCGAAUGGUUAAAGCUUCCCAUUAAACAAAAUUAAACAUUAAGGUGUCUACAUCUGCCUGUGCCACACAAUAAGUUUGUGUAAACAGUACUGGUGCGUAUUUUCUCGAGACAACUAUAGCCCCUUUUACACUACCCUUUUGUAACCGCGAUGACUGUUGAGUGUAAAUGGCACGCAAAACUUAACCGAACCGCGCCAGUCACAACCAAACCGCACCAACAUGGUACUAGUUCAUCAGUCGGGCUCAAAGCGGUUCAGUUCUGGCUCAGUUCUCAGAUAACAAAGACAAAGAUAACAAACUAUACAAAUCGCAGAGCAGACUGCGUCAUCUCCUUACAGCCAGUCUCCGUAAUCAUGAAAUUUCAGACCCAUAAAAAUACAAGUUUCCCUACCAUGCCACAAGAUUUCCAGUGAUGAUUCUGCUUAGCAGUGUGAUGAAUGUCAUCUCCUGUCAUUGUUUCCUGCGUCUGUAAGCCCUGAUAAGACUAUCGUUUGUCGUAUCCAAUUCCCAAAAGCCGACUCUGUCAAGUGAAUACACCAAAGGCUGCCUUCUUUGCCGGACUCUCCGCAAACGUCCUGAAUGUUACAGGCGCUGCCAUGUUGUUUUGCUUGUUUAGCUCUAGAGAGCAGUAGUACUGUAGAUCGUCACUAGGAGGUGAGGAACUGUGCUAGCAUAGUGUGUAAAUGGUCGUAUGGAACCAAGCUCGGCACAGUUAACUGAUUCAAUCUUGGCACAGAUUGGUUUUCAGAGGCUAGGGUAAAUGGGGCUUAUAUGAAUUUCUGUAAGGUGGUCUGAGCUUGUAAGUUCUGUCACACAAACGAUUGUAUGAUUCCUUAAGGCUGAUUUAUACUUCGAAAGUAGGUCAUCUACGUA